AUGACAACUUCGCCUUCCGGAGUCGACGCCCUUGGCCAACUUCAAACGGAAGCGCCCAAUUUACUAGCGCGUUCAAUCGAUACGCUCCAUACACUAGAUCUUUGCAAAGCGUUUAAUCACGAAGAAGAGCGGGUAUGUCCGGCCAUUGCGUGCUGUCUACCGGUGAUCGCAUCACUGAUCGAGGACCUGGUCCCUCGGUUACAAGCCGGAGGCAGGCUCAUCUACGUCGGAGCCGGCAAUAGUGGCCGAGUUGGAUUUAUGGACUGCAGUGAACUGCCGGUCACCUUCUCCGUCGAAGAGGAUCAAUUUGUUGCCAUCGUUGCUGGGGGCAGUGAAGCAAUCAUCAAAGCACAAGAGGUUGCGGAAGAUUCCGAAGAGGACGGGUCAACGCAGCUUGGUAAAUUGCAAGUCACCUCUAAAGACACCGUCAUCGGCAUUUCAGCAUCAGGGCGAACUCCAUUCGUCCUUGGGGCCCUUCGAGUUGCGAUCAGGGGAGGUGCAGUGACUGCAUCCAUCACAAAUGCGACGCCUUCUGCGAUUGGAAGCUUGGGGGUCACCCAUUCGAUCGUUCCUCUAUUGGGACCAGAGUUCCUAGCAGGCAGUACCAGGUUAAAAUGUGGCAGUGCGGCGAAGCAAAUUCUAAACAUGAUUAGUACUUGCUCCAUGAUCAAAAUGGGCAAGACGUAUCAUGGGCUUAUGAUCGAUGUGCGCGCGAAAAACCACAAGCUCCUGGCUCGAGGCCGCAGAAUUAUCCGUCAAGUCUACCGUAUACUGCAAGAUAACGGUCAUAUUUUCGACGGCUCGAUUCAAGAUCCAUACACAAUAGGAGACUCAGCUUUGAACAAUCUGAUUGAACAAUGCGGAGGAAAGGUCAAGCUGGCUUGUUCUGCGCUUGUGUCGGGUCUUCCACUGGAUGCUGCCAUGCAUCGUCUUGAGCUGGUCAACGGGGAUUUCCAUUUGUUUGUCGAGUCCCUCCAAUCCUCUGUAUCCAUUCAAACUCCAGAGGAACCAAGCCAUUCGAGCGAAGACUUGUUCCUAGCCAUUGAUGGCGGAGGUACGAAAUGUGCAGUCUCUAUCGCUAGUCGCACUGGUAUCGUGGCUCAAGCCUAUGCCGGGGCUGGUAAUUUUCACUGUGUCCCAAUUGAUGUCCUUAUGGAACAUAUUAAGAGUGCCGUGACGGAGGCUGUCUCUCUUAUUCCCGAGAAACCAAAGCAACCGGUCUUAACAAAGAUGCCUAAAUUUGCUGCAGUAUGGGCAGGUCUAGCCGGGUUGCAGCAUGCCAACCGUCAGGAGUGCUUGACCCAAUGUAUGGAGCAGAUGUUUGGGGUCUCCGCCGAAAAUGGCACUCUCCGUCUGUCCAGUGACAGCGAGCUGAUCAGUGCUCAUAUCGGGCUCGACGAUUCAGUCGAGCGCGGCAUCUCUCUAAUCGCUGGCACGGGCUCGGUUGCGACCGCAUUCAAGCAGGAUCCAAAUGGUGAUGUCUUACAAAUCGGACGAGCUGGUGGCUGGGGCUCCCUACUUGGAGACCAAGGAAGUGCGUUUGACAUUGGCAAACAGGCCGUGCAGGCGCUCUUGACUAGCCUGGAACUGAGUCAAGGCACUGACAAAGAUUGCCUUUCGGAACUUGAGCGUGAAGUUCUAUCAAGCCUUGGCCAUUGCAAGGAUGGCUUGCUGUCUCGCAUCCUCUUUCCUGGAACGGAGACAAAGAAAACUCUUGCCGAUGUCGCAAGAGUUGUGACCACGCUAGGUUUCAGAGCAGAACAUCCGGAUCCCCAAGCCCUAGAAAUCCUCACAUCUGCCGCUAGAUCUCUUGUUCAGAUUGUCAGGCCACUGGCAAAAAAGCAGAUUUGUGAUCCAGCAAGGAGCUCACUGGUAUUAUCAGGGGCUUUAAUGAAAAUCCCCGAUUUCCAAAGCUUGGUUAUCAAAAUGUUAUCACAAGAGGGUAUAGAUCCCUUCAAGAAUAUUGUUGCUAUUGAUGACCCGUCGUCCGAUGCUGCGUUAUUUCUUGCUAGACGGGUGUCAGAAUCGAUUUGA